AUGUUGGCCACUUCCACGCCUCUCGGCUGCAGGUGCUGCUCCCUUCUUCUCAUCAGCUUGAUUUCCUGGGCUGCUUUGGCCCCCACGGCUCUCGCUUUCCCCGUGGUCGAUUCCAACCCUCUCUACCAGUUUGACAGCCAGGUCCGGCUUCGCCACCUCUACACGGCGGAUGAGCAAACGCACCUCCACCUGGAGAUCAUGACGGACGGCACAGUGCUCGGCUCCAGAUUCCAGAGCCAAUUCAGUUUGAUGGAGAUCAAAGCAGUAAAGCCAGGAAUUGUUGUCAUGCGGGGCAGGAUGUCAUCACGGUAUCUCUGCAUGAAGCCCAAUGGACGCCUCUAUGGCUCGUUAUCCUACUCAGAGGAGGCAUGCAACUUCCGCGAGACGGUUCGCCAUGAUGGCUACAACCUCUACUAUUCCGAAUACUACAAUAUCCCGAUCAGCCUCAGCUCAACGGGGAACCUGGCUCACAGCCGCCAGUUGCCUCCCUUCUCCCUGUUCCUGCCCUUAGCCAACAAGCUCCCGCUCGAACCCGUGCGAAUGCCUGCGAAUGACGACUUCAACCGAGAGGAAAUCGAUGUCGAGUCAUCAGACCCCAUGAACUCGAUGGGCCGACCCUAUGACCCCAUGAGCCCAAGUUUUGGCUUCUGA